AAUAUUUUAUUGUGCUUUCUGCCGCAAACCAAAAUUUCACAAAAUGUCCAAUAGCAUGAGAGGGACAGAGUGAACAUUAAUUCUAUCUUCCAGCGUCAUGCAUUGCGUCUUCCGUCCAUUUACACCACUUUCACAAAUUAUUUCAUGUGUUUACAUGUUGACUAUACUAAAUCACACUCUACUUGGUUGAGCUCUUGCACUAUCACUGAAAAAAAAUGGUGAUGAAGUUGUAUUCUCAUUACAUGAGUUCCUGCACUUUUCGAGUUCGAAUAGCUCUCCGGCUGAAAGGGCUUGAUCAUGAAUAUAUUGCAGUAGAUAUGAUAAAUGGGGAGCAUCUCACCGAUGAGUUCUUAAAGCUCAAUCCUCUUGGUAUGGUUCCAGCACUGGUUGAUGGAGACAUAAUAAUUGCAGAUUCUUUUGCCAUCUUAAUGUAUCUGGAAGAGAAGUACCCUGAACAUCCAUUAUUGCCAAAUGAUUUCCAGAAAAGGGCAUUAAAUUAUCAGGCGGCAAAUAUUGUUUCCUCCAACAUACAGCCUCUUCAGAAUCCACGUAUACAGAUGUAUAUCGGGAAAAUAUCUAGUCCGGACGAGAUGCUUCCUUGGACCCAACAUCAUAUUUGCAGAGGCUUUGCAGCUCUCGAGAAGCUAUUAGCCAACUGUGCGGGUAAAUAUGCUACUGGAGAUGAAGUUUCAUUGGCUGAUUGUUUCAUAGCACCACAAGUAGAUGCAGCAAGCAAAAGGUUUAAAAUUGACAUGAAUGAUUACCCUCUUUUAUCAAGAUUAUACAAGGCAUAUGUUGAGCUACCUGCUUUCAAGGAUGCAAUGCCCGAAAAUCAGCCAGACAGUCCAGCUGUGGGCAUCUAAUUAUAAUGUGUGUGCGGGAUGGUGCAUAAACGUAUAUUUAUACCUCGCAUUCCUUUCUGAUCAUCCAUCUUAAUGUGGAUUAGAACCAAUAAUUUGCAAGGGAUGCUUGUAAUAUUCCACAAAUAAGUUGUGCUAGUCAUUUUUCUAUGACUUAUGUUAACCAGAAGCGGAAAUGCAGCAUUCAUUUCUUCCUCUGCA